UAAUUAAUAUAUAUGUUUAUCUAUUUGUUCCCCUGACCUCUCCGCUUUUUAUCCCUUCUUUCUCCCCCAACUCGGAAAUUAGGGCAGGGGAGAGGAGACGAGGGUUUCUCUCUUCUCUUCUCUUCUCUUCUCCUCUUCUCCUCUUCUCUUCUCUUCGUGCGGAGGAGGGCGUGGGUGUGGGAGAGCGAUUCGAAUUCGAAUUUGAUCGAGCAUGGCGGGGCAAGGGGCGGCGGGGAUGGAUCCGGCGUUGCUGGACGACAUCAUACGGCGGCUGCUGGAGGUGAGGACGGCGAGGCCCGGGAAGCAGGUGCAGCUUUCCGAGGCGGAGAUCCGCCAACUCUGCAACGUCUCCCGCGAGAUCUUCCUCAGCCAGCCCAAUCUCCUCGAGCUCGAAGCCCCCAUCAAGAUUUGCGGUGAUAUCCAUGGACAGUACAGUGAUCUUUUAAGGCUUUUCGAAUAUGGUGGUUUCCCUCCUGAAGCCAAUUAUUUAUUCUUAGGUGAUUAUGUAGAUCGAGGAAAGCAAAGCUUGGAAACAAUAUGCCUUCUUUUGGCAUACAAAAUCAAAUACCCUGAAAACUUUUUUCUUCUGAGAGGAAAUCAUGAGUGUGCUUCUAUAAACAGGAUAUAUGGAUUUUAUGAUGAAUGCAAGCGUCGGUUUAAUGUGAGGCUAUGGAAAGUCUUUACUGACUGCUUUAACUGCCUCCCUGUAGCUGCUCUAAUUGAUGACAAGAUAUUGUGCAUGCACGGUGGUCUUUCUCCUGACCUGACCAACUUGGAUCAGAUAAAAAACUUGACUCGACCAACUGAUGUGCCAGAUACUGGUUUACUGUGUGACUUACUUUGGUCUGAUCCUGGUAAAGAUAUGCAAGGUUGGGGAAUGAACGAUAGAGGGGUUUCAUACACAUUUGGAGCAGACAAAGUUUCGGAAUUCCUAGAAAGACUUGACCUAGAUCUUAUCUGUCGGGCUCACCAGGUUGUUGAGGAUGGUUAUGAAUUCUUUGCCGACAGACAACUGGUUACCAUAUUCUCAGCCCCAAAUUACUGUGGUGAAUUUGAUAAUGCUGGUGCAAUGAUGAGCGUGGAUGAAACCUUAAUGUGCUCUUUUCAAAUUCUCAAGCCUGCAGAGAAAAAAUCCAAAUUUAUGAUAUCAACAAAAAUCUGAUAAUUGAGAAAGUCCUUUUCACCUGUAAUGUCUUUGAGAUCAACAGUGUACAAAACAAGGUUAGAAAAGGAGAAGAAACUUAACUUGCAAACUGGGGAUCAGCAGCAUUAUUAUUGGUUUUAGCGACUUCUGGUGAUUGUCCUUAAGCCCUGGUGCCGGAGACUGCUAACGAUGGAGCUGCUUCAUCUGGAGAUGGAUGUUGUUGCCUCUUGUAGGGUUUGUAUAUCUUGGUUGCAAGCAGUAAGGUUUAGAGUUCCAGGGUUUGUAUUGCUUGUGAAAGCAUAAUAACAUGUUAGAAAAAACGAACUUGAAACAUUUUGGUCUGUUGGCGAAAGCUACCGCACUUUAAACAAUAUUCUGCUCCACUUCUGCUAUGGCUUAGUUUUGCUUUGCCUUUUCUUCUUCUUCUUCUCCUUCUUCUUCUUCUUCAAUUGCCGUGGUUAUAGGAUCCAGAAUCUGUUAUUGGAUUCGUAUGUCCCGCAUUAGAUGUUGGACCGGAAUGAGCUUAAGCACAUUGCUCAUUCUAAUGCUACUCAGUAAACGGGGCACUACCUCAUGUAACUGUUAUCUGUUCAUUUUUUAUUUCAAUAUCCGGUGUAGCCUUUA